UAACAAAAGAGGGAUGAAUACACAGUAAUGAAAUGGAAUCUCAGCUUCCAUCUGAAAAGAACAUCAAAGGAGAUGCUUAAUCUCAGGAGGCAGUACUCCGUCAUCUGACGUGCGUCCCCUCUGUCUCUCAAUCCCUCUCCAUCCAUCCCUCUCUCCUGAUGAGAUGGAUGAUGAUGAACAUGCGUGAGGGAGAAGGGAGGGAGGAAGAGAGGGAUAAUACCUUCUGAAUACAUGAUGAAUGUAGUCAUCGGGCUUAAACUGACUGGGGGGCGAGUGGCGCACAGAGACCGAGAGCGUGCAUGUGAGUGACACCGAGCACCAUCAUCAACUCUCCCCUGCAGCCGCUCAGUCUCUCCAUCCUCCUCCUGAAGAGAGACGGGGGGGAUCACGCAACAGACGAGACAAGUAAAAGAGAGGAUACUAUAUAGCUUUUCUUUCUCCACUGCUUUUUUUUUUUUUUUUUUUUUUUUUUUUUUAGAAGCAGAAGUUAAGGACAUCUUGUCGUUGGCUGCAGCCCACCCAGAGCUUUUUUUCUCAGCAACAAGCUCAAGAGCUGUGCUCAGUGUGCACAGCCUGAGGAGGAGAGAGGAUGCUGAACAACAUGACGGACUGCGAGGAGGGAGAGGGGGGGCCCAACAGCCAGGGUGAUGGGAACCCCAAAGAGAGCAGUCCUUUCAUCAACAGCAGUGCAGCCAGCGAUGUGGAGAAGAGCCAGCAGUAUGACGGCAAGAACAUGGCUCUGUUUGAGGAGGAGAUGGAUACCAGUCCAAUGGUCUCCUCUCUGCUCAGCACUCUGGCCAAUUACUCCAACUUGCCCACAGGCAGCAAAGAGCAUGAGGAGGAAGAGAAUAACGAGGAGGGGGCACGUCCAUCUAAAAAACCUGUCAAGGCACCACAGCUGGGCACUCUGAUGGGGGUAUACUUGCCAUGUAUCCAGAACAUUUUUGGGGUGAUUCUCUUCCUGCGGAUGACCUGGAUGGUUGGAAUUGGAGGCGUUUUAGGUUCCUUCAUAAUCGUCUUCAUGUGUUGCUCCACGACCAUGCUCACAGCCAUCUCAAUGAGUGCCAUUGCAACAAAUGGAGUUGUGCCAGCUGGAGGUUCAUACUACAUGAUCUCUCGCUCGCUGGGGCCUGAGUUUGGUGGAGCUGUUGGGAUCUGCUUCUACUUAGGAACCACUUUUGCAGGUGCUAUGUACAUUCUUGGCUGCAUUGAAAUCCUGCUGAUUUACAUUGUUCCUCAGGCAGCCAUCUUCAAGAUCGAGGGCCUAGAGGGGCCAGAGGCAGAAGCGGCUCUCCUCAACAACAUGCGGGUGUACGGCACCAUCGUACUGAGCUUCAUGGCACUGGUGGUGUUUGUGGGGGUCAAAUAUGUUAACAAGUUGGCACUGGUUUUCCUGGCCUGCGUCAUCCUCUCCAUUCUGGCCGUUUAUGCUGGAGUUAUCAAGACCGCCAUUGAACCCCCUGUCUUCCCCGUCUGCAUCCUGGGGAAUCGAACUCUUCUCUCCAAAGGAUAUGACGUGUGUGCAAAGUUCAUUGAAAUAGACAACGAAACUGUCACCACCAAACUGUGGAGGUCCUUCUGUGAUUCUGAGUACCUCAAUGCCACCUGUGACGAUUACUUCACUAACAACAACAUCACAGAGAUACAGGGCAUCCCAGGGGUCACUAGUGGCAUCCUGGCAGAGAACCUGUUUGGUAACUACCUGGAAAAAGGGGUGGUCGUGGAGAAGCGUGGACUUGCAUCAGACAUGGAUCCAGACACUCCCAUAACCAGCUCCAACCGCUACGUCCUGGCUGAUAUCACGAGCUUCUUCACCCUGCUGGUGGGGAUAUACUUCCCAUCUGUCACAGGUAUCAUGGCCGGCUCCAACCGCUCCGGAGACCUGCGUGACGCUCAGAAGUCGAUCCCCAUCGGCACCAUUGCAGCCAUCACCACCACAUCUACUGUGUACAUGUCUUGUGUGGUGCUGUUCGGUGCCUGUAUAGAAGGAGUAGUCCUCAGGGACAAGUUUGGUGAAGGGGUCAAUGGUAACCUGGUGAUUGGUACACUGGCAUGGCCGUCUCCGUGGGUCAUUGUGUUUGGCUCCUUCUUUUCCACCUGCGGAGCUGGGCUUCAGAGUCUGACAGGAGCGCCACGUCUCCUGCAGGCCAUCUCAAGGGACGGCAUCAUCCCAUUUCUUAGAGUGUUUGGGCAUGGCAAAGACAAUGGGGAGCCCACCUGGGCCCUCCUGCUCACAGCCAGCAUCUGUGAGAUUGGCAUCAUCAUCGCCUCCCUGGAUGCAGUGGCACCCAUCCUCUCCAUGUUCUUCUUGAUGUGCUACAUGUUUGUCAAUCUUGCCUGUGCCCUGCAGACUUUGCUGAGGACGCCAAACUGGAGGCCGCGCUUUAAGUUCUACCACUGGGCUCUGUCUUUCCUGGGUAUGAGUUUGUGCCUGUCACUCAUGUUCAUCUGUUCCUGGUAUUACGCCAUAGUUGCCAUGGGCAUCGCCACCUGCAUCUACAAAUACAUCGAGUUCUGUGGAGCUGAGAAGGAGUGGGGUGAUGGGAUACGCGGCAUCUCGCUGAGCGCUGCUCGCUUCGCUCUCAUGAGGCUGGAGGAGGGACCACCACACACCAAGAACUGGAGGCCUCAGAUCCUGGUUCUGGUGAAUGUGGAUGACGAGCAAAACGUAGAGCAGCCUCGUCUGCUGUCUCUGACCAAUCAGCUGAAAGCAGGGAAAGGUCUAACCAUCGUUGGUACUGCAGUUCAAGGAACCUUCCUCGACAACCACAGUGACGCACAGAGGGCAGACCAGUCGUUGCGUAAGUUGAUGGAGACAGAGAAGGUGAAGGGUUUCUCUCAGGUGGUCAUCUCCUCCAACCUGCGAGAUGGGACGUCCCACCUGAUCCAAGUUGGAGGACUGGGGGGUCUGAAGCACAACACUGUGAUGGUCAGCUGGCCCCGUAACUGGAAACAGCCCGAGUACCACCAGCAAUUUAGGAACUUUAUUGAGGUGGUUAGAGAGACAACUGUAGCCAGUCUGGCCUUGUUGGUUCCUAAGAACAUCUCCAGCUACCCAUCCAACGGAGAGCGCUUCACUGAAGGUCACAUAGAUGUGUGGUGGAUUGUCCACGACGGAGGCAUGCUCAUGCUUCUGCCCUUCCUGCUGCGCCAACAUAAGGUCUGGAGGAAGUGCAAGAUGCGCAUUUUCACUGUAGCUCAGAUGGAUGAUAAUAGUAUCCAGAUGAAGAAAGACCUCAUCACCUUCCUCUAUCACCUGCGCAUCGAUGCUGAGGUGGAAGUGGUCGAGAUGCAUGAUGGUGACAUCUCAGCCUACACCUAUGAGAAGACACUGAUAAUGGAGCAACGAUCACAGAUCCUCAAACAAAUGCAUCUGACCAAGAAUGAGAUGGAGAGAGAAAUCCAGAGCAUCACAGAUUCAUCCCGUGGGUCCAUUCGACGUAAAAACCCAUCUACCUUGCGCUCCCAGCACAGUGCUGAGGAGGGAACCAGCGUGGCAGAGAAACCAGAAGAGGAGUCUGUGGCUGUCUCCAACCCAAAACAGGUUCAGCUGAUCCACAGUAAGAACGCCUCCACACCGACCAGCCCCACGAGCCCUAUGUCGCCUGUUGCGCCUGCAGGGGGCGCUACCGCCUGGACGGACAAUAAGGGUGCAGACAAGGGGAAGACCCUUCUAGCAGGACACCCGGAGCCGGGCAAAGACCUCUUCAACAUGAAGCCGGAAUGGGAGAACCUGAACCAGAUUGACGUGAGGCGCAUGCAUACAGCGCUGCGGCUCAAUGAAGUUAUCAUGAAGAAGUCCAAGGAGGCGAAACUUGUGCUGCUCAACAUGCCUGGACCACCAAAGAACCGUGUGGGCAUUGAAAACUACAUGGAGUUCCUUGAGGUGCUCACUGACGGUCUCAAUCGGGUCCUCCUAGUGCGUGGAGGUGGACGUGAGGUCAUCACCAUCUAUUCCUGAAAGGCUUUUAAUAUGGCCGCCUAUAUGGACUCUGCCCUCUCCUGCCUCCCUAUCAUUCCAGGAAAAUCCUCGCAUAACCGUCCAGUCACCUGCCAUAACAUGUCAGACUUCAGUGUUUACAGGUGACAUCUAAUAGACCUAGCUGUAUCUGUUACAUUCUAACCAGCAGGAUACACCAAGAAUUAUGCAACAGUUAUACUUUCUGUUCCCAGCUUGUCAGCUGAUAACAGCAGAUGAGGUCGUGGUUAGUUUUGACAGCUGAAUUGAAAAACAAGACUCAACUCCAAAAACUGAAUUUAUCCACAGAAAACUGCCGUAUCAAUAGAUAGUAAAGCUGAGUAACAAUCGAUGAUACAAAUGUGGAGCAAUAAACUAAAUUAAGAAUACAGGGUUAAUAAGAGAAGAAUUGGAAUAAAAGAAAAUGGAGGGCAGUCAAACAUUUCUUUCCCCUGUCUUAUAUGUUUAAUAAUCGUUCUGUCCUUUUGCUUUGUUGCUGGUUAUUUGUAAAAGAGGAAUGUUUUUUCUUUACCAUUUUUCUUAUUUUCUAUUAUUUAUUAUAGAUGUUAUUUAUGUAUUUGUUCAUCUAAUCCUGUCUGUCUUUGUCCUGGUCUGUUUUUUGCAUUUAAUCAUAUGGUUGGAAGCACACAAGUAAUAAUAUUAGAGCACUAGUAAUGUCUUUAAUUCAUAUUGGAAAAAGCUUAGAUGAGGAUGUUCUUAUGGUCAUGCAAAACAUUCACAGGAAUUAACUGUAGAAUUUAAAAUGCAGAGGUGGGAGCUGUGUGUCAAUAUGUGCAUACAUUUUCGAAACAGACAAAACCCAAUUGGAUAAAAUAGAUUUGCCACUAUUUUGCAUUUAUCGUCCUUGUUGUUAUGGCAGGGAUUUAUCUGUUUAUUUAUUUUUCCGCAUCGCUCUCUUAUUGCAGACAGCUUGAUAGGAAUUGAAUGGUCCCAGACCUAAUUGUUUGACUUCAUUAUCCCUCUCACAAUUGGACAGGGAUCAUAUAAAUGUUGUAAAACAGAAUAUAGUCAGCCUCUGAGUUCAGCGAUGGCCCUUUUGAUUACAGCACCUUCACUAAUCAUUUGAUAUGUAUUACCUCCAGUGUUCUGCAGUUAUGCAGUCAUAUUUCCCACAAUGCCCAGAAAAUGUCCUGUGGUAGAUGUUGCACUAGUGCAUAGGUUAACUACAUUUUAUCUCCAAACAGAAAUUGUUAUUUGUCAUGGGUUCAGAAAAAAAUCCUCUUCACAACUCUAAAAUUAAUAAAUCUUACUGAUCACUUGCAAACAAAAUGUGCCAAUAUAUAAUGUAAAAAUGUUUUUGAUACCAACUCGCUUGAGAAGGAGGUUUGACAGGUUUUAAAAAAAUAAAAAAGCUUACUUAACCAUUUUAAGUAAAAAUUAAAAUGUGAAAUUUAAACAUAUUUUAGACCAGACAUCUCUCCACUUGUACAAUGUAAUGUAAAUUAUUCAGGAGAAAGUUAAUAGUAUUUUAUUUAUGUUAUGUUUGUAAAAAGAUAUACAAUAUGAACCAGUGUAAGAUGUUUAUAGGUGUCAGAGGCACUAAAAUAUAUUUACGUCAGCUGUACGUCAUAAAUUUUAUCGCAGAUAAUUAAUUUUUCUUAUGGUAUGGUUCAGAUAAAAAGGUGUACAAAUGUCAUUUAUUUAAAUAAUUUAAAAAUGCUGUAAUUAAUGCAUGGUAAGUGCACAGUAUUACAGAAAUACUUUGACAUUUUGGGAAAUGCACUUUCUUACUGAGAGUUAAAUGAAAAGAUUGAUACCACGCUCAUGUUGGCAUGCUAAAUAUGUAGCUGUAGCUAGCGGACGGCUAGCUUAGCUUAGUGUGGUGAUUUUCUUCUGAAACACUGGACACAAACACAGAAAUUAAAUCACUGAUCAACCCAAAGAUUAAUUAAAAAAAAAUAUCAUUGAUUAUUAUUAUUAUUGAUCAAUAAGGGGACAUGGUUUACACAAAGCUGGCAAGUAUCAACAUUCCUUCUCCCAACAACCAAAGUCAAACCAACCUUUUUAUAGACCAAGAACAAGGGGCAAACAAAUGAACAGGGUACAUAAAGACUCAAACCACAUGUAGCCCUUUGACCUACAUAAACAAGAUGAGAACAGUGGGUUUGUUUAACAUAUCACAAGAGCACAUUCACCUCUCAUAAUACAUAUCACAAGAGAAACUGAGUGAGUGGUCAACUAAUGAUUUUACUUAACCAUAUUUGGGUAUUAAAAAUGAUAAACCAACCAUUUAACCUUCUAUUACUUUAACAUUUACAUAAAGACUGCAAACAGGGGGAAAACAGUUAGCCUGGCUCUUUUUAAAGGUAAAGAAAAUCCACCUGUCUGCUUCUGGCUGUAGCUUCAUGAUUAUCCUGCAGACAUGAGAGUCAUAUCAGUUAUAGGCGAGUAAGCGAAUCAGCGUACCUCCCAAUUGUUGAAUUAUUCAUGUACAAUGUUCAUUAUUUCCAUUUGCUGCUACACUAAUGUACAUUUUAAAAUGUGAUGGAAUUUGUUUUGAUGUUGACAGACAUAUGUAGAAAAUACAGGCACAGACUGAUAACUACAAAGAAUUUUAGAGGAAUCGUAAGGUGCAUAUUAAAGGUCCUAUAUUUUACAUUUUGGCAGUGACUGUAUAGUUGUGACAUCAGAAAAUUACGGAAGUCCUCACAGCUCGCUUUAAUGCACACUUUCUGAAUACGGGCUGCGUGUGUUUCUUUGUGGAUUGAGCAUUUUGAUAGUUUCACGCUAUUUAUACAGCACCUAGACCUGCUUUAUUAUCAAAACAGACAUGGAAAUCUUUCUACAAUAUGAGACCUUUAAGCUGUUUUCGCAUGGUGAAUGCAUCAAGUCAGACUAACCUGUAGAGUACCUCUCUGUUAUUUGUUUUUGUGUGUGUGAGUGUGUGUGUGUGUGUAUAUACAAUGGAUGUUUAGUUUCUAUUUGUGUAUGGUUUAGUAAUUUUCGAACUUACAUUAAUUCAUGCACACUUGCUGUUUUGUCAUAGACAUUCACGCAAAUCAACUGAUCCUGUAGACAUUUUGUAGGCGUAGGAGUCGGGUCACUGCACAUUAUCAAACAAAGCAUUUAGUUGUGUCAUGAUGGAAGUUUUAAUCCAAACAUGUAAGUGUACAGUCAUAUGAUUGUAUUUCCCUCUUCUCCUUGGCCUAUUAGUGCAAUAAAGUUUUUGGUUUUUUUUUUUAGGAAAUCCUGAAUCAAUUUCUAGCAAAAAGAAAAUCAUUAGCCUUCAGUAUCUUUUCCAGGAAAUCAUACGACUUAUUCUAAUACUAUGUUUCCUGCUGAUUUACAUGUAGUGUUUUUAAUGCCUGACUUGACCUAUCCUGACCUCAUCAUACAUACAUCAAUAGGUCUUCUUUUAUAUGUACAGCCCUCAGUGUUUCCCUCACAAUUCUGAAACGUGCAGGUGGAUUACAUCAGCAAUUUCCAAAUCUGAAUAGUUCUGUAUUUACUCUUAAUUCAUACGACAAUGGUGUACAUCUGCAGGUACAUCCAGUGCAUUUAGAAAGUGUUCAGACCGUUUUUCACAUUUUGUUAUGUUGCAGCCUUAUGCCAAAAUUAAAAAAAAAAAAACAGUAUUUUCCUUCAUCAAUCUAGACUCAAUACUGUAUAAUGACAAAGUGAAAACUCAAUUUUAGAAAUUUUGCAAAUUUAUUAAAAGGGGAAAACAGAAAUAUCACAUUAACAUAAUGCACUGUAUAUCAGUCAUUGGUCUGCAGAAGUUUAGUCACAACUCUUAAACUCCCUCAACCAGAGUGUAUGUGUAAAAGUUAUGAUUACAUGCCCUUAUGCUGUGCAUGUAUGUGUGUGUGUGAACCUGACAUGGGCACACUUGUUUAAGUGAGGACAUUGUGUGUAGUUAAACAUGGUUAUCAAGUGAAGAUGGGGCAUUUGUAAAUAGAUCUGUGAUUUUAGGCUUAGAGAUAACGUGUAAUAUGUGUGUUGAUACAGCUUUUAUAGAUAUAAAAUAGGCCGUUUGUAUUGUCUUUUAAAUGGUAAUGGUUUUAUGUUCUACCAUGUCUUAUGCAAUUAUGUACGAGUAAUGGUUUAAAGAAACCAUUUUAUAUGUCGGCACAAAAUGCAAUAAAUUAAAAUAAUUUUAAUACAACAGUAA